GGCAUUGAGUGUGGAUCAGCGAGCGUGAAAUGCUGAAAGUACAAAUAUACACAUAGUCUGUACGGUUAUAAAAAUCCAAAACGGAAUCAAAGGACAACCUUUCAAAUAAUUUCCAAUUGAACAGCUGAGUGUUGCUAACAGCUGUCGAAAAGUGAAAAGUGUGCAACAGUAACAACAAUAUGGGAAAUGUCCAAACACGACAAUGCGAUGCCCGGGGCAUGGCUCAGCGUCGUGGAAGUAUGUCGUGGAACUUCCGUUAUCCGUUAAUGAAGCGUCGCGAUCAAACAACAACGAUCGUUUAUGAUAUGAAGAUGAGUAUCUCGAAUUGGCUGGAUUUGCUCGGUUUGCAACAGUAUGAAACCAACUUCCAAAUGUAUAAUACUGUCGAAGAUAUUCUCGAUUUAACUGAUUUUGGCUUGAAGCACAGGGGCAUACGUCAGACCAGUCAUCGAGCAAAAAUGCUAUCAAGCUUGAUGGGUGCACAAGCUAAGUACCGGCAGUCGCUGAAUAUUGAGGCAUCCACGUUACCGCGACCGGUGUCCAAACGAAAGAACAAUUGUCCACCAAUGUAUUUAUCAGGCGAUUCCAGUGAAAUAGAGGGGUCGCUGCAGCGUAAUUGCAGUAAUCGUAAUUCAUUUUCCAAUUUUAGAACUAAUAGUAAAGAUUCUAAGCGCCUGACUUUUCAUACUUCGGAUAUGAUUUACGAGGAACUAGAUCCUCUAGCAACUAAUACGACAACAACAAAACCAAAAAAUUUAACCAACCCGGUUACUUCCGUUAGCAGUGCAACCGAUAACACAAGCUACACAAUGGACAAUGUCGAUGGAAGUGGCAACUUGAGCAGUAGUAUUGGUGGCUCUACAACAUCCAUUAUCGGUCAGUUGAACCUACAGCAGCAUCAUCAAUUCCCACCCAACAGCAUGGCGGUUAGCACACCGUCUAGCGAACAACAAGAAGCAAUUGCUUUGAAAAAGGCUUUGGAAUGGGAGCUGAGUUUGGAUGCAAAGGAUUUACGUUCGCAUGCCUGGUAUCAUGGACCACUGUCACGGCAACGCGCCGAGGAGAUUGUACAGAGGGAAGGAGAAUUUUUGAUAAGAGACUGCGCUUCCCAACCGGACAAUUAUGUUCUCACCUGUCACACCAAAACGCAAGUGCUACAUUUCGUUAUAAACAAGAUUCUUUUACAACCCGAGACUGUCUAUGAACGCGUACAGUAUCAAUUUGAGGAGGAUGCCUUUGAUGCAGUGCCCGACCUUAUCACUUUCUAUGUUGGUUCAGGCAAACCCAUUUCGGUAGCUUCCGGUGCUCGCAUACAGUAUCCCUGCAAUCGCACAUAUCCUUUAUCAUUCUAUGGACACAAAAUUGUCGGCAAUCAUUUGCACACACAAAUGUUGGCCGGCAUACGAGGUGCUAGUCCACUUAAUUCUCCACUAAGCCACAAUGGGAAUUUUCGUUUUGGAUCCGGUAUUAUAACACAACAUACCCAACAGCAACAACCAGUCCAUAGCCCCAUGUCAUCACCUCCGCGUGUCAAACGCGAAAUACCACCACGUUUGCCAUCAAAGAAACAGCGCUCUCAAUCUCUCACGCCAGCACAUGUCACGCCUACUAGCAUACGUCAAUCACAUAAAAGUGAAUCGUGCUCAAGUGCUGAUGGUAUUAUACAAGCAGCGCCUACACAACCUAAUGAGGUCGUCAGUAUUUCGAAUGGAUUCCGUGAUCAUGGACGUCGAUUAAGCAAUUUAGAGAAAGAGGUGCUAGCGAGUGAGGUAUCGUUAGUUGGUGGGGAUAAUAUUAAUUUACAAAGCCAUUUGGAGCAUUUGGCGCAAGCGGGCAAACUACAUGGUAAUGGAUUUCAAACGAUCGCGCGCUGUUCCGCAGUAACCGAGGCAGUAGAUCAUUUCAAAUUCACCACACAUUCAUUGCCACGCCCCAAUACUAAUAACUUUCGCGGUAAUAGCAUUAUGCGUAUCUCAAGUUUGGCACGAGAUUUUGGUUCAGAUGCCGUUGGCUUGAGCACAAGCUUAGAAGGCAGACAAAUACCCGAGCUACCAGAGAAACCACCGAGUCCACCACCGAAGCCGGUACGUGCAAAUAGUCAGACACGCAAAGAGAAGGAACAGCAACAGCAGUUAGCUGCCCAUCGUGCCGGUAUUGUGGGGGUUGGUUAUCACGCCAGUGGUUCGGAUUCAGGCAAUGGUUCUGGAGAUUCGGUACAGAGCUCGAUACCUGGUGACUCCAACGAGUUUACCCCACAUCGCGGUGUAAUUAUAAAGAAUCCACGCUUUUUGAGUAGUUCAGCAUCUUCGGCAGCUUUGAAGAGUCUUGCUGAUUUUGAUGUGGUUGCAGCAGAAGAGCAGCUUUUUACCAUGGAGAUACCCGAUUUCAAGCCGGUGUCUAAGUUUGACUUUGAGAACUUCAUAACACUACUCUUACCAUCAGUGGAUAAUAAGCCAUUGGAUGGCGAUGCACUCACCACUUUCAAGAUGAUGUUGCUAGAAACUGGACCCAAAGUAAUUGCUGAGCACAUAACCCGUAUCGAUAUUGGUCUACUAAUUGAAGAGCUGCCUGAAGAUGAAGAUCGCAAUGUCUUGGACUGCUGCGGCUUGGAAAUGCUCACGCUACCAUUUGGCAAAGUAUUCCGCGCUGAUUUAAUCGAACGCACACAGUGCAUGAAACUAAUAGUCGCAGUGACAAUACUCACCUGUCAAACGGAUUUGGAUCGCGCCGAGUUACUAAGCAAAUGGAUACAAAUUGCGGUGGAAACGAAAACAGCUUUGGGCAAUCUUUUCGGCUUCUGUGCCAUUAUGUUGGGCUUAUGCAUGCCACAGAUUCAAAAAUUAGAACAAGCCUGGCACAUACUCCGCCAGAAGUACACAGACAGCGCUUUCACCUUCGAAGCCAAGCUACGACCCACGCUUAUCAGCAUGAAUGAGUGUUCGAACCCGCAAGCGCCAAACACUACAGUACCACAUGUCUUGCUCUAUGCGCUCUUGAAAGAUCGAUCGAUCAUCGAUAUUAUUAGUGCAAAUAAUAUCAAUCUGGACGAUCGUUGUUCUCUAUAUGGCACUUGUAUAACAGCAUGGGAGGCUAAGGCCGACGAUUUCGGCAUGACAAUUAAUUUUCUGCACUUAGACUCGGCGCGUCAUUUCCUGAACAAUUUAUCGCUGUAUAGAAAAAAUGCGAAGAUUUUGCUUGAAGAGUCCAGUAAGCGAUUGGAUGAAUUGCUCAGCGACGCGUUUAGAACCGAGUUCCACGUGAAAUUUUUGUGGGGAAGUAAUGGUGUCACCGCUACUCCAGAGGAUCGUCAUUCAAAACUAGAAAAAGUGCUAGCACUCAUGGCGGAUAAAUUCUGCAGUGUGGACUCUGCUGCUGCUUAACAUCCAUUUUUGGACCAAAUCGCUACGAAAAAAAACUAUCACUCUACUCACUAUCAACUUCCACUCAACUCGUUACUAAAAAACUUUAGACUCUAAACUAAAAUUAUAAAUAUACUUAUUUGGAUUUUGACCUUAAUAACAUCAAAUAAAUAAUUAUUAUCUUUUUGAGUAAUAUUGGUUUAACAAGUAUCCUGGAAAUUACUUAUAUAAUAUAUAAUUGAAUAAUAUUCAUAAAAGAGUAUUUAAUUAUGCAUCAAAGGCAUAUUACUAUUAUAAAUACGAUAUAAAUAUGCAUUAAUAUGAUAAAUACUUGAAGCAAAAUUAUUCUGCUACGUAUUAAAUAUAGAUUGGACAAUAUUUUAAUCAAAUGCAUUUAAUUUAUACAAUUUUAUAUUGCAAAC